AUGCUUUUUGCAGCGUACAGUUUUCUUUACGGAUAUGGUUCUGGCUACGGAAUGCCAGGCUAUGGCUAUAAUCCCUAUAUGAACGGACUUAACAGCUUUGGAUUAGGAAUGUACAAUGCUUAUGGCCUAGGAUAUGGCAGUUUACUUGGCCGAAAUAAUCUUAUUGGUGGUGGCUUAUUGAAUAACGGCAACACAAAUAUUUAUGGAAAUAUGCGAUCUCCUUACGGCAAGACAGCCGCAGCUAAACGAUUUAGUUCAGGAAAUCUACUAAACGUACAAUCAUUGCAAGGCAGUAACGAUGCAACGGCAUUAUCGUGCAUGGGCCGACCCGACUGUCUCCUUAAUCGAUGGGAUAUUAAGAAGAAAAAAGCUUCAUAA